GGGACCCCGUAGUUGUGAAUUUCUACCACCCUCCUUCUUUAUAUUUUUAAUUUUCAUGACAUCCCGAGCCCUGGAGGCAGGCCCGGCCCGCGUCCCGUCUCCUGAUUGAUCGUGCUUUAAGCCGGGUUUUCUCCUCGGCUACGUGUGAUUUUAAAGUACUCAGUUCAGUAACACACACGUGUUAUGGCCAGACCUGCCUGAAUGUCCCCCAUCUGAACUUCAGCUCUUACAGUUCUCUGGGUUCAGUGAGAAUUAAGUGCCCGUGACACCACAGGGAGCGAAAGUACUUCAGCAUUUGGGGGAGGCCGCUGUGUAAGCGUGGUGGAGGCUUCAUGGUUACUAAACGAUUAAAUUUGCAGUAUAUGGGCCAUAUAAAUUGCCUUGCAAUUUCCGGUUGCUUUCCUCAUACAUAAAUUGCACAAAGUUUAUGGAUAAAAAUAAAGAUGCCAUACCCGAUUAGGGUUGCAGUGGGAUAUAUGCAGGAGUUGAGCAUCUGCACUGACCUUGGGGAAGGUUUGAAAGUAUAAAUGCUAAAAUGUGUUGUGGGCAGUUUUCCAUUUAUUUUCCUGAGUAUUGACUGUUACAAGAAAACAAAUACUCAGUGGCAUUUCCUGCUUACUUUUGCGUUUGACAUGCAAGAUCACAUUUGAUCAUGCAAGAAAGGAGUUUGUUUUCAUUUGGUAAUGCAAGAAAGGAGAAUAGAGUUUUCAGUGUGGUCUGUCCUUGUGGAUAUAAGCUGAAGAGGGACUUUUUUCCUUGCAGCAUUUCUAAUCUUAAAACUAUGUUAGCCAGCUCCAGUGAGAGGGCAUUCUCUGACAGAAGAAACCUGUACAGUCCCUGCCUCAGCUUCACAUGAGGAUCAAGUGAUAGGCUCCCUACAGUCAUCCCCUUAGAAGUGCUUCUCCCUGCACUGUAAAUGACAUCACCUUUUCAAUCAGAUCUAGAGUACCAGGUUUGCUUAGAGUGGUCAUUUAAGUAUUACCAUUUCCUAGUUUUUAGUUCUAUUAUCAAGAUUUUCUCCUGAAAUUUGGUUUCAUCCAAAUUUCAGGAGAAGCCCGAAGUUUCAGCCAAGCUCUUGGCUCUUUAGCAUGUUUUUCUUAAAUAAUAUUAUCAAAAACCUCACCAUUUCUGUCUUCAGCAGAAUGUAAGAAUAUAACUGGUUAUUACACUAAGAAAUGUAUAUUAAAUUAAUGUAUGGUUACAUACAUCAUUGUUUUUAUUAAGCACUCAGUGUGUGUUCAGUGCAGCAUAAACAUUAAACAAGAUAAUUCUUCCCCCGGUGAAUUUACAGUCCCAAAGAUCUUCAUAGGAAGGAGUAGUAAUAAUAUAUCAUUAGCACACCAUCUUUAAAUUAAUCUCUUUUUCUUUCCCUGUGGUUAACACUCAUUUGCUGUUGAUCAUGACUGGUGUAUCCUGGCACAUCCUGUAGUGCUGUUUGAUGAUGUUACAGAGCCCCGUUGUCCACUCUACCCCUCUGUGAGAAGUUCUUGUUCCGCACAUGUGGAAGGAGAGCAUAUGUCCCUGCUUCAGCUGCUGCCAUACAAAGCCCAGCAGCAGAGACCCACCUUUGAUGGUACUCCACGCUAAGACUUUGGUUGUUGUAUCAAAGCACAAUUUCCUCCUGCCACCUCAGCUUCCUGUGAGGACAGCUGGAAACACUCGUGUCUUUAACAGCUGCAGCAAGAUUCUAUGAAGCUCGUUGUUAAAGCCCUGAGAGAAGAGACUCUGCAAAUGGAAAGAGUGGCAUCCAGUUUUCACUGAUUUCUGUUGGAUUUAGGUGCCUAAUUCACUUCUAUACAUACCUUCAUAGUAGCAUCAUUCUAGGUGGGAAUUCUAUAGCCAAUAGAAUUUAUUUUAAGAAGAAAUUGGAGCUUUCCUGAGCAGAGCAUGUAAUAUGGCUUGGAUCAGAAAAAGAACUGAUGCUUCCCAAGGGAAGCAGGACUCUUGAACUGAACAAGUUGGCAGGUUAGGAUUUGACUAUGGCAGUGCGGUUUCUGCGGAAGGCAUCUGUGUGGUUAAAGAAGCACAAGAUCACUGUGGUGGCCGUUUCUUGCAUGGGACUGCUUGGCACUAACCUUUCCUAUCAUGUGUUUCCUGAGCAGACGUUCAGACUGUUGCACGAGGGCUGGUCAGAGGGGCAGCCAGCUGAGCUUUCCAAGCAGCUCUGUGGUGUGUUUCAGGAUGUCCUUCAGGAUACUGGUGUGAAGUCCACUGACUCCUACACAGCCUUUGCAGCUUCUGGCUUCCACCCUGUGAGCGCUGGAAUUCCCUGGCUGCCCUCAGGCUCUUUGGUGGGCAUCCCACCUAAUUUUGAUAGCACCGCUGAGGAUAAAAAAGGAAUAGUCAACCAUGUUGUUGUAAUAAAUGGCAAGGAAGUAGACUGGGAGAGCAGUGAAAGUGUGGCUUUGAAAGAAGCUCUCACAUUUUCCCUUAAUGCUCAGAAGUUUGCCAUUGCCAGAGAAGUUGUGUAUUUGCAGUCUGCCAGCCCUUUAGUGAGUGCAGCUGUGGCUCCAACUUGCUUGGCUGGGACGUUUGUCUGUGGGAGAGCUCUAAAGCUGCUUCUGGGGUUAUCCACGGGCCCUGUGAUCCUCCGCAGCCUCUGUAACCUUGUUACUGCCAUGGGAGGACUGCUCUGCUUCUAUGUCUCUUCUGAUGCUGUCACCUAUCACCUGGACUGCAAGGCCGACAGGAAGGCAGCCAGGCUUUCCAAGGACUACGCCAGAGGUGGCCUUGAAUUCUAUGAUAAAAUCUUGUCCCGCAACAGGAUUUUUCGUGGUCUGAUGGGCAAACAAGGGAUGAAAAUGUAUGCCCCGAGUGGUAACCUUUUCCCAAGGCACUGGUUCAGAAUAAAGUAUACACCAUACACUUACCGGAGAACUUUGAUUCUUAAUAUUUUAAGAGAGCUUGAGGCAUCAGAUGGGAGUGCUUGAAUUUUAAACUUGUGAAUUAUGUAUUUUGGAACACCGCUGUGCUGGUUUUUUGGGGUUUUUUUGUUGUGUUUUUUUCCUUCCGUAUCUUCAUUAGAAUUUUGGGGUUUAUUUUUGCAUGUAGUUCAGGAAGAGUUAUUGCACGUUCCUUGAAUAAAGAAUUCUCUCUUAAAAUAUUAAAGACUUGCUUCCAAAGUGCUCAGUUCUGUGUGCAUCUCAAAUCACAAGAUUGCUGAGAAGGGAAACUUUUCAGAUGCUGAUCUGGAAGUUCUGCUGUGCUGCAUUGCCCUCCUGCCACUUCAGUCUGGCAAAUUGGAAGGGGCAAGUCCAGCAGAGAGUUUUAGGAUCAUUAUCAUUUAAACUGGGGUGUUUGCUGUUUCUCCUAUGGAACAACGCAAAAAUAUUUUAAAAAAUGGGCAGUAUGUAUCAUGUGGUUGCAUAAAUAUCAAGAUACAGAAUGUUUCUGUUCUGUAUAAGUUCUUGUGCUGUGUAUAUUCUUAUGGUGCAAUCACCAUUCUUCAGGAGGAGACAUUAGUUAUGCUGCAGUUCCUACCAGUACAGAUUAUUACGAGCACCUGCAUCAUUUGCUUAAAUCUAGUUCUGCUCUCUCCAGGACAUGGUGACUGCAGAAUCACCAUGAAUGUUUCCCAGGAGUGGUAGUAUGUAAUAGGACUGUCCUGGGUUGAUUGUUUUCUCACAAGUGGGAUAAGCAUGUUGAGAAAAGGUUUUUCUGCUUGCUUUGGUAUAGUUUUUUAUUUCAUUUAAAAAUACAUAUAGAUGUAUGUCACCUCUUACAUCAGUGAAAGCAAGGUAUGAGACAUAAGUCUGGCAUUUGGUGCAAAAACUGGUAAGGUCUUUGAUGAAAUGUUGCCAAAGGAAAUUGUUCUCCUCUAUCUGACUGGCUUAAGAAGAUUUUGUGUGGCAGGCCAGGCUUUGCCCAGGAUUACUAAUCUUCUGGAGAAGUCUUUAGGGCACGGGCAGUAAAAUCUCUACUAUAGCCUCACUUUGAUUUUGAAGGUGGUAGUUCUCAAACUUUGUGGUGCUUUUCUUCGUUUCUGUUGCUGUUCCAGUAGCUCUCCCUGGUGACAUCAGAGUAGUUCUCCUCACCUCUGUUGUCAUUCUUAACAGCAGCUUCUAUUGUUUUGUGUCUUCUCAGUCAGAGGUCUGCUGAGUGUCCUCUCUGCCCUGGCUUUGUCCUUUUUUCAUCUGCUACAAUAAGAACUGUCAUGCCUGUGUUUGCUCAAAGCAUUAUUGAGUUCUGUUUUCCUUUUGAAUCACAUGGUGACAUAAAGUUGAUAUUCUGGCUGCUGAAGCACUGCUGUUGCUUUCCGUUGCUGAAGCCUUGCAUGUGAGAUGUGUGAGUUUCCACUGAAGUAAUCUGUGCCAUGUGCUUCUGAAACAUCACCUAUUGCUUGCACUUAUCCUCGUCUCAUUAAGUCAUGAGAUGCCUCUCUGGUGCUUUUCUGACUGUAAGCCAUAAAGCUCUUGUUUCUGUGUUCUUUGUGAAAGAGUUGGAUAAAAUUUCCUGGUCUGUGGAAUAAAAAAGUGACCUUACAUUUAGGCAGGAGUCUUUAAAAGCUUUGGGCUAAUUUUUUUUUUACUGAUCUUCCAGGUAAAUCCAAUAUAAGACAUUACAGAAGUUUAUUAGUAGAGUGACACAGUGAGUCAAGACUGGAAUAUAAUUCCUGGUUUAUAUAGCCUGUGAUUUCAGUUCAUCCUCCUGUUACUCCUUCAGAGAAGUCUAAACUCCAUGAAAUAUUCUGAGAGAGAAUAUUGGCUCACUUGGUUUAUGUGGUUGAAGGAGCUGCUGCUACAUAAAAAGUGCAGAGAGGAAAUCAAGGCCUUCUUUGAGAUUUACAACAAGUAGCAGUUUAAACAAAAUAAAAUUAAAGUAAUCUA